UUAGCGCGCUCUUUCAAAAGAUGGGACAAAUAUCGAUAGAGUAUGUGGUCUCCUUCACUUCACAGGAUGAAAAGUUUAAAGCAAAUAAUCUGACAUGUAACACAGGGUAUAAAAAGUGGCUGACGUCCCCCUCAGACAGGUCCGGACAGGCAGUGGUAAUGGUCCAGCUUAAACGACCAUUAAUCAUCUCAUACAUAGACCUAGGAACCAUAUGGUGUGCCACUGUGGAGAUCAAAGUUGGACGAUCAGAAUUGCCGCUAGAUCAGGAAUUUCUUACCCUGGUCCCUACGUCAAGUAUAAUGACCCCCCAGGACUGUAGGACUGAAUCCAGCUCUGGACAAACCCGCAUGUUUGGACCAGCUGACUUUGCCUCUGAUGUUGUAAAACAGAAAUGGGACAGAGUGAAAAUCAUUUGUCGCCAACCAUUCAAAAGAAACGUACAGAUGGGACUGUCUUUCAUCUGUGUUAAAAUUCCGGGAAAUGGCGAGGCAUCUCCAGAAAAGAAACAGAGCACACCCAAGACUGUCAAAUCCAUACAGAAACAUUUCUUUGGAAAAUUAUCAUCCAGUGACAGCAAAACAUGUGAACUGAAAUCGAGGCUGAUGAAAAUUGCCAGCUCAGGAGAGGAAGGAAGUGAACAGGAACACUGUCUGAACAGGAAUGCUAAACUGGUUCUCGCUGCAACAGGAAGUGUAAACCAGUUCUCUGUCCCUCCCAAAAUAACCUCUCCAGAGGGAAAGUCCAAACUAUACUCUAGGCAUGUGGCCCAGCAGCUUUCCCCACAGUUUGAGGAGGAAGCACUAUCAUUUUUGGACAAUGACUAUGAAUUUAAGAAAGAAGAGCUGGACAAAAUCACAAUAGCAGAUAUAAGACACAAGUUUGAGAAGAAAAUAAAAAGGAAGUUAACAGCAGAGGAAAAGAAAGUAUUCAUCAAUCUAAGCAGCGAGUAUAUUUGUGAAAUCUUCAUGGAGAAGGACAGAGAAAAAGAAACAGAAAACGAGACCUACUUAGCUGUAGGAGGAAAAAAUAGCUUCACAUCAGGGGUAGAUGGGAAUCCUUUUCAGGAAAGAGACAAAAAUUGUACAAACAAACCAACAGAGAGUGUGUCAACAAGUUCUAGUCAAAAAGCAUAUGGACCAUCCUACAAAAGCACAAACAGUGUAGAUUGUAAAACUGGUACUUUUGUGAAUACAUUGAAAAGUCCUUAUAAAGUGAGGCAAAGUUCAUUUGUCAGUACAAGUGUGUGUAAACAAUUCGUGACUCCACUACCGAAAUCCUCCACAGACAAUGAAUGGCUCAGCUGUGCCACUCCACCCAGCAAUGGAAAAAGAAAACGAGAGUCUGAUGAAGCCGGAUCUGAUAGAAAGUUAAACAGGGGGGCUAAGAGACAGCAGCUGGAGGCCGAGGAGAGAAACUGGCUAGGGAUAGAGGGGGUCAAGUCUGGGUGGGUGUCCACAGCAGCCACUCCAGGGGUCACUCCUAAUAAGGUGACCAAAACUGAGGGAGGAAAAGCAAGAAAAAAAGAGAAGAACAAAAGGGCAUCCCAAACGCCAGUUAGGACUGUAGAGAGUCAAGGAGCAGAUGUCACCAAGUCAGAAAAAGGAACUCCAGCAACAGAGCUUGAUGUGUAUGAAGAAUACACCCUUGAUUCACCAACAGCUUUUGUGGAAUGCCCAAUCUGCACGGAAAUGUUUUCCAAGGAGUCCAUUGAGGUUCAUGCUGCCGUUUGUGUAGAAAUGAAUUCUGUUAUUUAUUAAUGACAUUUUCUUAGCUUAAAGAAGAAUUCAUUGAUUGCUUGUACAUAUUCAUCAUAUAUAGAAUGAAACUUGUACACCUUUUUAGGAUCUUAAUAAGAAAAUUAUUUACUGAACUCAGUGUUUUAAGUUUUUUUCUGUUCUUCCAGCUAAAAGCAUUAUUAUGCAAUAGGAAAUCAUUAAAACACUACUAGUCUUUCCUAAAUGGGAUUGUUUUUGUCUUUUUCAAUUUUUCACAGUUAUGUAAUUUUAACUACAGCUUUUUUUACAUAGACAUUUUAAGCACCUAUUCUGGGAUUCAACAGCAGUGAUAUUUUUGAAGCUAUUCAGAUGCUUUUGUGAUCAAUAAUUGUCAUAUGCCUGUCUGUUAUCACUUUUCACAUUGGCCCAAGGAAAUAGGGAGAAAAGGGGACAUAAAAAAGUUUGGGGAGGGGGGAUUAAAGUAUAUCAGGAAAAAUCUUUUAAAAUUUCUUUUCAAGAACAAAAAGGCUACCAGUUAGCCAAAUUGAUGUACAAACAUUAAGGAAAGAUUUAAGUUUCUUCAGAUGGCGUUCCUAGAUUUGGUACACAAUAUUGGGUCAGAUGUAUAUGCAAAAUCUUUAAAAAAAAUGUUCUGAAGAAAGGAGAGGAAAUAAUUAUUCAUUUAUAUACAAACAUCAUCAUGUAUUGAAGGUUCAUAUUUGUUUAAAUCAUGGUCCCUCUGAAAGAAUGGGGCCUUAGUUGUGGAUAAAAGUUUUACACACUCAGAUAUAAUGGAUAAACCCUGAAAGAAAACUUAAUUUAUAUUUAUUUUUAUUUCAAUGUUAAGGUGAUUCUGGUGAGCAUUGUGGCCCUUUGUUAUAUCACAUGACUAGUGCUAAGUGUGUUUUGAGUAUAAUGGCUGUUUUCAUGUAUAAAACAUAUCUAGGUAAAAAAUUUAUUUUUUAUUUAAAAAAAGGGAACUCAUCCGAAUAAUGUAUCUCAUCCACAAAAUGAUUGAAGGAAAAAUGAAAGGAGGUGGGUGAACAAGGCAUGCAAAAUGCCUUUAGCUUCAAAUGUACAACAAUUUUAUUCAGUUUGUGAAUUAAGUAUCUAAAGUAGGACAAACAAAACUUUAUGAAAUAAUUUUCAGCAAAAUAUAAAAAAAAGUAUUCUUGGGGUUUAAGGUUCAUUGAUACUCUGAUAAGAGAGAUAACUCUUAAUAACAUAAAUGUCUAUUAUUCCUUUAUAAAUUUGUCAAGUUGAAAUGUCUUUUUUGUCCAAUUUCCCCCUGCAAGCUAUGCUACAAUUGUUUGUAUUUAACUUUUAAAAUACAUUUCUUUUGGAAAAUCAUUAAGGUUCAAGCAACAUUUUAUAUGAGUGAGCAGAGGGUUUAUGAACCUUAAUUUGAAUCCAAGCAAAAAUAAAAAAAAAUCUUGAACAUUACUUUCCCUUCAAUACUAACAUUGUAAUGACUACACUGUUCAUAAACUGUUAAACUGUUCAUAACAAAUAGUGGCAUUUAAAUCAUGUUUGUGAUAUGACCCUUUACUAGUAAAUGGGCUUGAAAUAUUUCUCAAAAAGAUGCAAAUGUUUAAUUGUAUCAUAAAAAAGUGUAUUUUUAAGGUAUAGUGGGUCUUUGCUCCAUGUUUUUGUUGACCAAAGAAUGUAUAUUUUUUUGCAUACUUUGAGUGUAAUCGUUCAAAAAAAAAAUGGAGCUCGUGUGAAGACCCAUCUUUUUUGCCCUCCUUGAUGUAUGUAUGCUAUUUCCUAGAUAAUAAUUUGUGAGAUUGUAGCAAUUUAUGGAGAUUUUAUAUAUAGUAUACGUUAAUGUUACAUGAUAUAAAGAAAUUCUUGUAAUAAUUAAGCUUCAAUUUUUUACUUUCUUAUUUGUCCCAUAAUGAGCAUUUCCUCACCUUGUUUACCCAUUUUCUUUCGUAAUCUUUUCCUUUAGAGAAUUUAUAGA